GCGUUACUCCAAAGCUGGAGUGUCCUUAAGAAUAUGCGACUGCGGCUUCAAAGUGGAGCUAUCUAUAUUUUGAGGGCCCGAACAAACUCAGCAAUGUCUGCCAGUGUGGGCUGUCAUGUCAGGAGCACAGCAGGGAAUUGGCAGAGACAGAGAUAUGGACUCGAGUCGAUGAUGAAGUAGAUUGGGACCAGAAAUCCCUGAGGAGAGAGAGGGACAGACAGAGAGACGAGGUCAGGUAGGAGGGCUUUAAAAGCACCGCUUAACUUCACUGAAACAUGCACUUAAUGUCAGUCUGGGUAUAGCUGAAGAUUUGGGAUGCACAGCAGCCUGCAUCUGUCUGUGAAUCACUUGACUGAAAAGAGCAAAAUGUGUGAACAAGUAUGCUGAGCAGGGCAGCUUUGUAGAGGACGCAAAAAUCAUAAACAUGCAGAGGUUCCAGAAGAGUUUGGCCUUUUUAUUCCUCAUGUAUUUCACCUGCUUGACUGAGGCCCGAGAGCUGAAGUUUGUCGUAGCUGUGUUCCGACACGGUGAUCGAUCGCCCAUUGAGUCGUAUCCCAGGGAUCCACACGGGGAGGAUGUGUGGGCUCAGGGCUUCGGACAGCUCACUGAGCUGGGCAUGAAACAGCAAUUUGAGCUGGGCAGGUUUCUAAGGAGGCGUUAUGGAGACUUCCUCAGUGAAGACUACAACAACAAAGAGUUAUAUGUGAGGAGCACCGACUACGAUCGCACUCUGAUGAGCGCCCAGGCCUGUCUCGCUGGAAUGUUCCCCCCAACCAGACGCCCGCCUCCCAUCAUGCCCCAGUUACUGUGGCGGCCUAUUCCAGUGCACACCAUCCCCAGGGCCCAGGACAAGCUGCUCAAGUCUCCAGGCAAAGACUGCCCAAAGUUCAGGGCACUGAUGACGGAGACCUUCGAGAGCGAACCCUACCAGAGGUUCCUCAGAGCUCACCAGUACUUUGUGGAGGGACUGUCCAACCACACCGGCUACCCCGUGCCCAAGCUGGUUGGUAAAAAAAUCUGGAGAGUCUACGACACCCUCAACUGUCAGAGGAUCCAUAACUUGACUCUCCCACGCUGGGCCACCCAAGACGUCCUGGACACCCUGAAGAGAAUCGCAUCCUUUGAGGUCAUGUACAGCAUCCUCAGUCACAAGCGGAAAGAGAAGGCCAGGCUCUCGGGAGGGGUCCUGCUGAAUGCCAUCCUGAGGAAUUUCUCUAAGGCUGUCGAAGAAGGGAGCCCUCUCAAAUUCAUUAUGUACUCAGCUCACGACUCCACACUCAUCACCCUCCAGGCAGCUCUGGACGUGUACAACGGCCUUCUUCCUCCUUACGCCGCCUGUCAGCUCUUUGAGUUCUACCAGGAGAAUGAUGGAUCCUAUUCUCUGGAGCUGUAUUACCGAAAUGAGUCCUGGCGCGACCCGUACCCCAACCAUGUGCCAGGCUGCAACGGGCUCAACCCCUGUCCUUUGUCCACGUUCACUGAGCUGGUGAGGGACGUGAUGGCUGAGCACUGGGAAGGCGAGUGCGGAUUCAGGACCAAAUGGUCAAGCACAGGUGUAAUCACAGCGCUUGCAGUGGCAGUGGGACUCCUGGCAGUGGCGCUGUUGUUCAGUUUAGGGGUGGCGAUCCACAGGCGGAGAGCACGCUACUCCAGGGAGGUGUAGUGCAGGCUGUUUACACAUGUGCCAAAAAUACAAAAACAUGCUUCCCAGCUGUGGAAAACAGCCCGAAUAAUAACUGUGCGCUUUAAUAAUUUAGCUCGUGAGUGUGGGAAAUUAGGCAGCCCUUCUGAAUUCAUGAAUUAUGUCUGUACGAUGAUCAAGAAAGUCAUUUUAAACAGAGAAAUAAAUUAUAUUCAAACAUU